UCAAUUGUAUUACGUCAAUUGUUAAGGCUGACUUUAAUAAACAGAUCAGGUUGCGUCCAGGCUGAGGACGCACUUCAGUCUCUGUUAAUCUAUUUACGUAACGAUGACGAAGUUAAGUUAAACCAUUGUCAUCUGCGAUCUAGCCCGUAAUGAUGCAUUAUGUCGGUCUUAUACAUCCGUAAAAAAGUAUGCAUAAUGGGUCGAUAGCCUCAUUUUCCGAUAAACCAGCAGCACGGGAGAGAACGUAAAGGUCACAGUAGUAGUUCACAUGUUGUGCAACCAAUGAGAGGACGGGAUUGAGAUCUUCUACGAUCAUCUGACGUCACAGAAUACGUUCGAAUAAUUUCAUUGUACACUCCGUGACUCUACCAGUUUUAACGCAGCCAAUCGACUAGGAAGUUACGCUCGUAUUUUGUGCUCAAUUUUGGAGUUGUAUAAUAACGUGAUGGUACUAAAGAAUAUCGAAGAUACAAGAAAGAUGAAUUCGUUUAACUCUGCUCAUCUCUUGCGAGAAUUACUGGUGGAAGCUAGAAGUGAAGGUCGUGUGGCGUGUGGGGUUUAUCAUGCAGCUCAGAUCAUGGAAAAAUGUCCUUCUAGUAUUAUGCUAUGCAUUCUUCCACAAAAUCAUAUGGAUGAUGCCGAAACGCACAUCCAUUCCGUUUUGAUUGAAGCGUUCUGCUUCGAUAAUAAUAUCCGUUUGCUAAAGGUGGAUAGCGAAGAAAAGUUAUCAGAAAUUCUCAACAUUCCUAGAAAUUCAUCUGGAAGAUACAGGCAAUUAGAUUACAGAUGUGUCCUCAUAAAACAUCCAAAAGAAGUAUGCAGCAAAACAGUGGAGAGUUUCAUUCAAUAUUAUAAAGAGAAUUAUAGUGAUGCAUAUCCUCAACCUAUAUUGGAGCUACCAGUGUGAAAUUGUCACUCCUCAAAAGUUGUAUCAAGCAUGUUAUUCCGACAGCUGGAAAGCUGAAAUGAUCCGUAUAUGUUUAUCGGAUUCAAUAAUUGGAUAUAUCUCGCAUCCGAUCCGGCUCAUGUUUGAGCUGUUACGUGCAUGACCACAUGGAGUGAUCGUUUUUAUUCACAUUCUUUGCAACAUGAUGUAUGUCGAUAGUUUCCACCAUUUUGCAAUAUUAUAUAUUAUACAGUGUGCAAAAGAAAUAAUAAUAAAUGUUAUGAUUGCAGUAAUUUCUUGACAAAUUAUUUUUAAAAUUUGUUAAUAUUCCUGCAAUCUGUUCUUUAAGAGUUAAUUGUUAUCAAAAUAUGGAUGUGUAUUUUGUUAAUGACCAUUAUACCAAUUUUAUGGCAGAUAAGUAUAAUGAAGAUAUGUCUGUUAAAAGAAACAAUUUAAUUAUGAUGUUAUUUAUUAAAUUUUUAUAAAUUCUUAAUGGUCAGUAAUUUAUUAAAUAUUAAAAGUAUUUAUUUAAAUCAUUUUGUUAUAAGUGCCUUUGUAUUUAUUAAACAUUAGUAGUAGGUAUUGUUAAUUUUAUAAAUAUUUAUUUUAUACAGUUAACUAGUUCAAACUGAACUGUUUAAGAUAUAAAUAGUAAAGGUUCAGUAUUACACAAAGCUUUUUCUAAAAGCUAGCAAGCAUUUCAAGGAAGGAUGAGAUGUCUAUAAUUGUAUUCAGAUUCAUUGUUUUAAUGCUGUGCAUAGAUUCCAAACAGAAUCCAAUGCAAUGGAGAUGAGAAUUUUUUGAUUCCUCUUGUUAAACAAUAAUUUAUAUAUACAAGUUAUUUGUAUAUUAUAUAUUGUAUAAGAAAAAUUAUUACAUAAAUUCAUUUAAGUUAUUUAUUUGUUAAAAUUUCAAAUAUAUCUUUUUGUUAAAUUUAUAUUUAAAUUAAAAAUGAAGGAAUUAUAAUAAGUUGUAUGAAGAUGUUAAUGGUGACAAGUGCACUUAAUCCAAAUUUAUAUCAAUUUUGGCAUAUCAAAUUUGUAAGUCCAAUAGUAAAAUAACUAACAUUUUUUAUCCAAAAUUUCAAUUAAUAUCUUACUGAAAAGGAUAAGUUUUAACUUAUGUUUUUUCAACUUUAAAAUUGUUAUUAUUAUUUUGAUUGAUGAAAUUACAUAUAAAUUACUUUAGAUGAUAUAAUUCUGUGCAUUUGGAUUUAUUAAAGACAAAUUAUUAAAAAUUUCAUUUUUGAAGGCGCAGUUAAGGAUGUCAGACUGUGAGAUACAACCUGGCAGCUUAAGAUAGAGACCACACUAAACUGAAAAUAAGACUAAAAUUUUAAUUUAUCAUCAUCUUAUGCAAAUUUUGUUACUAUUUUUUAAGUGGCCAUUUUACAUAUUUUACUAUUUUGGAUAUAACAAGCUGACAGACAGACACAUGAUGUUCUGCAUAUAACUGAAAAUAAAAUUUAUAGCUAAGUGAUUUCAAUAUUUGGAUCAAGUGCACUUUUUUCCAAAUAAGAUAGAAUGUUUUAUUUUAAAAUUUUAGAAAUUUAUUGUAACAUAUUGUAAAUAGCGCAUAAAUUUCGAAAUUGGUUUAUUUAGAAAUCAGAAUGACCUAAAAUAUUUUAGAUUAAUACAAUUCAUAAAGAAUAUAACUUCAAUUGAUUAAGAGUUUAGAACCUAGUUAAAUCAUGUGAUUGGUAUAAAUAAAAUUUAUACUAAUUUAGCAAUAUUUAUUAUAUAACAUCAGUUAAUUGUUUCUUUCUUUGUAUCAAGUCUUUAUCAAAUGAUGGACAUAUAAAUUUAUCAAUCAAUAAAUUAUAUAAAUGAUUAAUUCUUUAAAUUUU